UUUUUAAACUCCUAAUCCAAACUUCUGGAACCCUCUCAAAGCAAAAGCUUCGAAUUCGAACUAGUUUUCGAACUCCGUUUCUCUCUCCAAGGGUUUAAGCAAGAUUUUCGAUUAUUCCCCCUUCUCGAUUCUUAUCACCUUCAAAUUCACCAGGUCAGCUUCAACUAUGAAUUCUCGAGGUUCUUUUUGCUUCUGAAAUAUCUGGUUUUUGUUUUUCUCUUUUCCCUUUUUUUUCGGGUUUUGAAACUGAAUUGAUUUUUAAGCUUUUCAAAUCCAUGGUUUGAGCUGGUGACAGAAGAUGUCGAGGGUUUAUGUGGGGAAUUUGGACGAGCGGGUGACGGAGAGAGACCUCGAGGAUGAGUUCCGCUUCUUUGGCGUUCUUCGCAGUGUAUGGGUAGCUCGAAGACCGCCAGGUUAUGCUUUUGUUGAGUUUGAUGAUCACAGGGAUGCUGAAGAUGCCAUACGUCAAUUGGAUGGCAAAAAUGGAUGGCGUGUGGAACUAUCCCACAACUCGAAGGGGGGUGGCGGCGGUGGCCGUGGUGGUCGAGGUCGUGGUGGGGAUGAUCUGAAGUGUUAUGAGUGUGGAGAGCCUGGUCAUUUUGCCCGAGAAUGUCGCAUGCGUGUGGGACCGAGAGGAUUAGGUAGUGGAAGGCGACGAAGCCCCAGUCCUCGGUAUCGUAGGAGUCCAAGUUAUGGACGGAGGAGCCGCAGUCCUCCAAGGAGAAGAUCCCCGCGCCGCAGCAGUUUAUCUCCAAGACGCGGUCGUACCUCCAGCAGGUCUCCGGAUUAUCAUCGUGGUCAUAGGCGAUCCCCUUAUGCUAAAGCCUCACCCCCUCGUGGAAACUACAGCAGAUCGCCAGCACGUCGUCGUGAUCCUCGUGAACCAGUCUAUGCCAAUGGGUCCGUCGCUUUUUCUUGAUCUGCAUUUUUUUGGGGCCCAAAAUUUGGGAGAUGUUGAAUCAUCCGAGCCUGCUUGCUUACUGCCCUUCCUUAGUUUAGCUAAUUGAAAAAGUUUUUUAUUCUUUCCUGCAGAGAUUGAUGUGGGACAGUAGUUUUGACAGCGAGCUUGGAGUACUUGAUAUCUACUGCGUUUUAGCUACGAAGAACAACAAUAUAUGUGUUUUAGCUAAUGAUUGGUUAAAUGGAUUUGAUAUGAAUCUGGAUCUUAUUCUGCAGUACUUAGAUGGCAAAAGAACUAUUUGACACUCGGUGCAUGGUCUGCUCUGUUCAGCUUACUGAAGUUCUGUAGGUGUAUUUCAUACUUCAAACUAAAGACAAGUUACUGUUAUUCUAAUGCUGUUCAUUAUGGUGUGAUUGCUGUGAAAUGUUGCUAAGAUUGGGCAUCUUCUGUUUCUGUUUCUUUGAGGUGAUUAGCGGCCAUCAUUUCGUUGCUUCUGUUUCUUUGUCCCUCAUGAAAUAUUGUCAUCCACUUCUCUGCGUGUCAUCACUGCUUCUCCUUCUUAGUCCCCCGAAUUACAGCCAUCCGUAUCUCUGCAUCGCAUGAUCUGGCUGACAUUGUAUUGAGUGCAUUUGCAAGUUUGAGUUUUUGAUUAUACAAAUUAGAAAUGCGGUUCUUCUAUGCUUUUGUGUUAAGAUCUUGCUUUUUGGGCAGCUUUUCAUAGAUAAGUUUUGAGCUGCAGAGAUAAAUCAUCUUCUGCCCUUGAAUGGCAUCAGCUCUCCUUCUCGAUCAUGCUGUGUACCAUCAUUUUUGUGGUAGAUUUUGAGCCUAAAGCACGAUGGCCAGUUCACUCUUGAAUGAACAACUUUGAAGCCCCUAACUUUGAAUUACUUAGUUGCUACCUAGAUGAGAUACUUCUGCUUCACGUCUGACGACAUCAAGUUUAGUUGCAUGGACACAGUGAUGGUCACUCUCCUGGCAUCGAGCUAAAGUUAUGAAAAGUUAUGUUGUAGUCACUGUUGGUUAAUUUGCAAUAUAUUGUCUUUCACGUCUCAUGACAUCAAGUUUUGUUGCAUGAACACAGUGACUAUCACUCUCCUGGCAUUGAGCCAAAGCUCUGAAAGUUAUUGUAGUCACUGUUAGCUGAUCUGUAAUAUAUCGUCCUUGUAGGGUGAAACGGUAGUUUGUGUUUGAUUUUCAAAAUGUAUUCUGAUGUUUACUAGUUUGAUGAAAAGACGAACUGGGAAGAAUAUUUCUUGAUCCACCAGUACGAAAUAUAAAAUCAGAAUUAGAAUAAAGAAUAGUGAUUGGGUCAGAAAAAGUAUUUGGAUCUUUGCGGGA